AGCGACAGCGACGAUGGCACGGCGAGCGGUGCCGGCAAACGAUGACGGUGGGCGGCGGUGGCAGGCGGUGAGCGGCGGACUGGUGGUCGCUGUCUGGUGAACACCGAGCGGUGGAGGAGGGCCGCUUGGCAUCGCCGGUGAGUGGCGGUGGCCGCCGGAAGAAAAAAAAAAACGUUUUAUUUUAUUUUUUUAUUUUACAUCAGGUUAGGCCCACUGAGCUCUCCCUACAUAGCAAAUUUUUUUUCUCUCCCAAAAGUGACCUCUGGCCAUCAGCAAAAAAACCGAAAGCUCCGUCGAAGCGGGCUCGACCGUCGCGCGGAAAGCUCGCGGACGCUCGGAACCUCGCGAUGCCGACCGCAGACACGGCGGGAGAAACCGCGCGGCCGCCACGCGAAGAGGGAGAACGCGCGACCUCCCGCACACCGGGCGAGGGAGAUAACAUCUCGACGAUGGGACGUCCGCUCGGCACCUCGGCGCCGUCGCACCGCCGAGCGCCGGCGCUGCUCGUGGCUCUGGUGGCGCUGGCGGCGCUGUGCCAGCAUCCGGCCGCCGCCUGCCCCCGGCAGUGCACCUGCUACGUGCCCACGGACGUCCACUGCACGUUCCGCUACCUGGCGGCCGUGCCGGAUGGGUUGUCCGCCGGAGUGGAGAGGAUCAACCUGGGCUACAACAGCAUCGCGCAGCUCGGAGCCGAGUCGUUCGCCAACCUGGGCGCUCUGGAGCUCCUCAUGCUGCACAGCAACAACAUCCAGAGCCUGCCCGCCAACGUCUUCAAGGACCUCGGGUCCAUGCAGGUCCUGAAGAUGAGCUACAACAAGGUGAAGGUGAUCAACCGCGAGACGUUCCACGGCAUGGGCGCCAUCGUCCGCCUCCACCUGGACCACAACAAGAUCGAGUUCGUGCACCCGGACGCCUUCGGGGGCCUCUCCACGCUGCGCUUGCUGCACCUGGAGGGCAACCUCCUGCGCCAGCUGCACCCCAACACCUUUGUCACCUUCUUCCUGCUGGACCACGUGCGCGUCUCCGCCAUCCGGCACCUGCACCUGUCGGACAACGCCCUCGAGUCGUUGCCGCGCGACAUGAUGGCCUACCUGGGCGGGCUGGAGAGCCUCUACCUGCACGGCAACCCGUGGGCCUGCGACUGCUCGCUGCUGUGGCUCCUCGAGUGGGAGAGGGCGCACGAAGAUGUGGUGAAGUGCAAGCGCGACCGGGCUUACCGGGGCGGCCGUCUCUGCGCCACGUGCGCCAGCCCGCCCGCCCGUGCCAACCAGGAGCUGCUCGGCAACGCCUCGCGGCUGUCCUGCAACCGCCCGGCGAUCCGCUCGCCUCUCAAGCUGCGCAACAGCACCCUGUGGGAGGGCUCGGAGGGCGAGCGGGGAGCGCCGCCGCCACCGCCCCCCAUCGACCUGCGGCGGCCCAUCGGCAGCGUCGUGCUCAACGUGUCCGACGAGAACGGGAACCGCGCCGACCUGGCGUGCAACGUGCAGCGCCCGCGCGAAGGCAGAGGUGACGCCGGCGCCGGCGUCCCCCUGCCCCGGUGGGAGGUCGCGGACGGCGUCCUGUCCGCGAACCUCACCUACGCGACUUCCUUGGCCUGCGAGCUGGGGCCCGAGGAGAUGCGGACGCUGUGGAAGAUCGUCGCCUUCUACAGCGAAGCGCCACUCCGCCUCGCCAGGGAGAUCAUGCUGAGUAAGGAGCCCCACCUGAGCUUUCGCUACAAGCAGGCGGCGCCCGACGGCGAGUCGCGGCACUUCACCGGCGUAAGGGCGGCCGUCACGGCCUCGCCCUCGUGGCUCAUGCAGGAUGCCAUCGAGCUGCGGCUCGACCGCAGGCGGACGACGCUCAAGACGCUCUACCUGGCCUUCACGGCAGAGGUGAGCGAUGCCCGCCAUCUCCCGGGCCAGGCGGAUCGCAACGGUUGGGCCAUGAUCAGCCGCGACCGGGACGCUGGCACGGAGGCCGUGGCGCUGUCGGGCGGCGCCUUCGAGCUCGACUGCCGCGCCUUCGGCUUCCCCAAGCCGACCGUGCGCUGGAUUCUGCCGGACGGCACCUUCCUGUCGGCGCUCGAAGGCGACGACGGCGGCGCUGACCGCGGCCGGGGCGACGGCCGCCCCUCCCGGGUGACGGCGUCGGCGGACGGGCGGCUCGCGGUACGGGCGGCGGUCGCCGCGGACGCCGGGACCUACCGCUGCGUGGCGACGGCGAGGGAGGACCACGACGUGCUGGCAGUGCGCGUCGAGGUGCUCGACUUCUCGUCGGGCCGCGACGUCAACGGCGCGGUCAUCGCCAAGCACGCUGGUGACGCCUUAGCCCUGCCGUGCGUGGCGAGUGGCGCGCCCGACCCCUCCGUUCGGUGGAUCCUCCCCGACGGGACGGCGCUGGGCAGGUCGAACGCCGGCGGCGGGCAGGCCAGCGGCGGGGCCCGCGUGUCGGCCAACGGCACGCUGACCGUCGAGGAGGUGGGCGACGGCGGCUACUACCACUGCGUUGCCGUCAACUCGCACGGCGUCGAUCUGCUCACGCACCGGGUGGUCGUGAAGCACCGGCUGAGGCCGCCGCCCCUGCCGGCGCGCGGCCGGAGCACAAAGGCCCGCAUCGAGCUGCUGCUGCCGGGCGGCGGCGUUGGGGCCGGCAGGGAGGCGGCGGUCGCGCCGGACGAGGGCUCCGGGGGGGCGGGAGAAGCGAUCGACGAGGACGACGGCGGCAAAGGCAGAGCUUCGGCCGCCGUGGCCGCGGCCGCAACGACGACGGCGACGAGGGCGAGGCGGCCGCACGCACGGCCCGCCGGCGCCGCGGCACGGGUCCCGGCGGGGAGGCCGUUCCGCAAGGGGGCGGCGGCGGCGGCUGCCGGGCACAGGGCUCAGACGGUGGAGGGGAGGCGAGGGGGGUCACGGGAGGAGGGGGAGAAGGACGAGAAUGAGGAUGAGGAGGAGUCUGCAGCGAGGGUGAAUGGGAGACGGACUCAGACGAGGCCAUUCCGGGAGGGGACGUCGGCUGCCUCCGGCGGACGCAGGGCCCAGACCACAGCGGAGAGGCGACGGGGGUCAGAGGAGACCUCCCAAGAGUCCGGCAGCUCACGGAACGAGAAGCAUGAUGAAGAAAGAGGAGAAGGGGAGGAGGAGGAGAAGGAGGAGCAGGUGGAAGAGCAGAAGGCGGACGAGUCCGGGGGAAGAGCAAACGGCAGACGGACUCAGGCAAGGCCGUUCCGGAAGGGGACAUCAGCUGCGAUGGGUGGGCGCAAGGCUCAAAUGGUGGAGGAGAGGCGAGCCGCAUCACGGGAGGCUUCAAGGGGUAAGAAAAAUGAGGAGGAGAAUGCAGAGGAUGGGGAGGAUUCUGGAGGGAGGGCGAACGGGAGACGGAUUCCGGCGAGGCCUUUCCUGAAGGGGACAUCAACUGCCGUGGGCGGGCGCAGGCCCCAGACCGUGGAAGAGACCCCAGCAGAGGCCUCCCCAGAGUCUAGCAGCUCGCAGAACAGGAACGAAGAGGAGGAGAAGGAGGAGGAGGAAAAGGAGUCCGUAAGGAGUUCGAACAGGAGACGGAUUCCGACAAGGCCGUUCCGAAAAGGGACAGCGGUUCCCGGUCGGUACCGGGCGCAGCCCGCCGAAGAGGAGGAGGAGAGGCGGAAGCCCCUCCAAGAGGGUAGAGGGAGCUCAAGGAAGGAGGAGAUUGGGAAGGACGAAAAUGCAGAGGAGGAGGAGAAGGAGGAAGAGGAGGGAGAGGAGGAGGAGUUUGUAAGGAGGGAGAAUGGGAGACGGAUUCCGACGAGGCCGUUCCGAAAGGGGGCGGCGGUUUCGGGUCGGCACCGGGCCCAACCCGCCGAGGAAGAGGAGGAGGAGAGGCAGAAGCCGCUCCAAGAGGGUAGAGGGAGCUCCAGGAAGGAGGAGAUUGGGAAGGACGAAGAUGCAGAGGAGGAGAUGGAGGAGAAGGAGGAGGAGAAGGAGUCUGCAGGGAGGUCGAGUGGCCGCACGGAUUCCGGGAAUGAGCAGCGGACGCCCGGCAGGCGCUGGGGCGCUGGCGGUGGUGCUGGCGGUGGCGGCUCACGGAUCAGCCAGCAGAUCGGGCGGCUGGACCCGAAGAAGUGGGCAGAGAUCCUGUCGCGCGUGCGCAACCGGAACGUGGCGCGGGCGCGGACCACGAGCGCACCGGGGCCCGCGACGACGGCGGGGGCGCCGCCGACGGCGGCCGUCACGCCCGGCGGGGCCACGACGAGCGAGCCGUGGCAGCUCGUGGAGUCUGAGUCGUCAGAGCGGGAGGAGUCGGAGGAGUCGGAGAGCGAGGAGAAGCGGGAGGAGGAGGUGGAGGAGACGGUGGAGGAGUCAGAGGAGUUUGAGAGCGAGGAGGAGCGGGAGGAGGAGCGGGAGGAGGAGACGGUGGAGGAGCAGAAGGAGGAGCAGGAGGAGGGGCAGGAGGAGAAGAGGGUGGAGGAACAGGAGGAGGAGCAGGAGGCGCAGGAGGAACAGGAGGAGGACCAGGAGGAUGAGUCUUCAGCUUCCGGGCCUCUUAGAAACCUGGACCUGUCACAGGAAGAACUGCUGGACGCCGGAACGCUGACGCGAGCGGCGCUGCCGGCGUCCGUGCUGGAGAUGUUCGAGUCGGAACACGGUGGCCGUGAUGGCACCGGGGAUGGGGCAGAGCGAGAGGAGUCCACGAGCGUGGACGGACUUGAGGAGGAGGUGGAGGAGGUCGAGGAGAAGGAAUCAGAGCGAGGGGAGUCUGCGAGCGUGGAUGAACUUGAGGAGGAGGUGGAGGAGGAGGUGGAGGAAGAGGUGACGGAGGAGGUGAAGGAAUCAGAGCGAGUUCAUUCCCCUAAGGAGCACGGUGGAGGUUCGUCGUCACAAGAGACAACGGCCGAUGAGGACCGAUCUGAGGAUGGAGGUGGUGAAGAGAGACCUUCUUCUAAAGAUGAAGAUGAGGAAGAGACACUUUCCUCCUCCGAGGAUGAUGAUACAAAUUGGCGAUCCCUUGAGGUUGAAGAUAACGAACAGGCUCGUUCCUCUGAUGAUGAUGAUGAUGAUGAAAACGAAGAAAGGCAUUCCACUGAGGUUGACGAAGAGGAUGGUGAUGAUGAUGAUGAUGAGAUUCGUUCCUCUAAAAAUGAAGGCGAGGAAGAGGGACAUAAAGAAGAUGAUGAUGAUGAUGAUGACAAUGAUAAUGAAGAGGAUCAAUCCUCUGAAGUUGAGGAUGACAACGCCAUGGCCCACCGCUCAUCAUCACGAGACAGCGUUGACCGUGACGGAGCUUCUCGUCAUGACGUCACCACCACCGUCGUGCAAUCGCCCACGGCAAAGACAAUGACGGCACCACCAACGGAUGAUAGCGACGAGUUGGAUUACGAUUUACCGGGCUCGGAAAACGAUGAUGAUGAUGAUGAUGACGACAAAGAUGAUGUUUAUGAAGAUGGAAAACAACCAUCGGAAAACGAUGAUGAUGACGAAGAUGGAAAACAAUCAUCGGAAAAUGAUGAAGAUGAUGAUGAUGAAGAUGGAAAACAACCAUCGGAAAACGAUGAUGAUGACGAAGAUGUAAAACAACCAUCGGAAAACGAUGAUGAUGAUGAUGAUGACGAAGAUAGAAAACAAUUGUCGGAAAACGAUGACGAUGACGAAGAUGGAAAACAACCAUCGGAAAAUUAUGACGAUGACGAUGACGAAAAUAGAAAACAACCAUCGGAAAAUGAUGACGAUGAUGAUGAUGAAGAUGUAAAACAACCAUUGGAAAACGAUGAUGAUGACGAGGAUGGAAAACAAUUGUCAGAAAACGAUGACGAUGACAAAGAUGGAAAACAACCAUCGGAAAAUGAUGACGAUGACGAAAAUAGAAAACAACCAUCAAAAAAUGAUGACGAUGAUAAUGAUGAAGAUGAAAAACAACCGUUGGAAAAUUAUGACGAUGAUGAUGACGAAGAUGGAAAACAACCGUCGGAAAAUGAUGACGAUGACGAUGAUGAUGGAAAACAUCCAUCAGAAAAUGAUGAUGAUGAAGAUGAUGAUGAUGAUGAUGGAAAACAACAAUUGAAAAACGAUGACAAUGAUGAUGUCGAUGAUGUUAAACAACCAUCAGAAAAUUAUGACGAUGAUGGAAAACAACCAUCGGAAAAUGAUGACGAUGAUGAUGGAAAACAGCAAUCGAAAAACGAUGACAAUGGUGAUUACGAUGAUGGAAAACAAUUGUCAGAAAACGAUGACGAUGACGAAGAUGGAAAACAUCCAUCGGAAAAUGAUGACGAUGAUGAUGUCGAUGAUGUAAAACAACCAUCAGAAAAUUAUGACGAUGAUGGAAAACAACCAUCAGAAAAUGAUGACGAUGACGAAGAUGGAAAACAACAAUCGGAAAACGAUGACAAUGAUGAUGUCGAUGAUGGAAAACAACCAUCAGAAUAUGAUGACAAUGAUGACAAACAACCAUCGGAAAAUGAUGACGAUGAUGAUGAUGAUGGAAAACAACAAUCGAAAAACGAUGACAAUGAUGAUGUCGAUGAUGAAAAACAACCAUCAGAAAAUGAUGACAAUGAUGGAAAACAACCAUCAGAAAGUGAUGAUUACGAUGAUGAUAGAAAACAACCAUCAGAGAACGAUGAUGAUGAUGACGAUGGCAAUGAUGAUAACAACGACGAGGAAAAUCAAACAUCAGAAAUUGAUGAUACAGAUACAAAAGGAACCUCAGAAAGUGAAGAAACAGCCGAAGAGUCACAACCUCGCUAUGAAACCACUCCAGACUUCACAUCAGCGCCAGCAUGGCCGGAGUCUGGGCUACCGGCCAAACCACAGGGGGGCACCUGGCACAAGUCGGGCACUUCUCGAGAAGGAGAGGAGGAGGAGGAGGAGGACAAGGAGGUGGAAGAAGAAGAGAGAGUGGAGGGGGAGGAUGACGACGAGGUGGGAGAAGACCAGCCGACAGACUCGGCCGCGGAGCAGACAGGCGAUGAAGGAAGCGACGAAGGAGGCGAUAGGGGCACCCACCGCACGGAGCCCACGACGGCCGCUGCUGAAACCGUGGACGCGUGGCCGGACACGGCGGAGCCGACGGCCACCAAACCCGCCGAGCACGACUCGCCCGUGGUCACCCAAGCGGCCUCCUCCCCCGAGCGGCCCACAGCCUCUCCGGAGCGUGCGACGGCCGCCGGAGGCCGCUGGCCCUUCGCCGGGCGGCGGCGGCGGCCUCCCCAGCGGUGGAGGUUUCAGGAGGCAGGGGAGAGAAGCAAUCACUUCGGCGAUGCUCGCCGGCUGCCCGCGCCUGGGUCCGGUCCUCGGAGGGGAGGCUACGCGGGCCGAAUGGGACCGGGUGACAACCGGGAAGGCGGAGGCCAGAACAUCGGACCGAUUGCCGUAGCGACAGCGAAGACGACGACGAUGGCGGCGACGACGGCGAAACCGGAAGGUCCUGAUCUGGCGGUCACGCUGGCGGACGAGACGAUCGGAGCGCCGGAGGCCACGGCCGACGUACCACCGGAGGGUCUGGGGGAGGGUGGUGCCGACGCGGACGCAACGAGGGCAGGCGGCCGUGCGGUGGCGGCAGAGACGACGGAGAGCCAACGUGCGGAGGACACGCUCAGAUCGCCCGGAUCUGACGCCGUGGAGCCUCCAGAAUUGACUCGCCUGGCGGAGGAGGAGUCGGGCAAUCGCUGGGAAGGGCCGGGACGGCACCGCGAGGCCGAUGGCGGAUAUGGUGAAGUGGUGAGUCGCGGCGGCGGCGUCGGUGGUGGUGACGGUGAGGAUGGCAAUGCCAGGGGAGUUCCCCAGGAACCUGACGGUGGUCGUGGCAAUGACCAUAGAGCAACCGCCUCGUCCACCAUUGAAGAAAUGUUUUCCGUUGAUAAUCACAACGACGGAGAUAACAAUCGUAGAAAUGAUGACAGAGGUAACGAUCGAGGUGGUGAUGGUGACGACGACAAUGACGACAAUCGUAAACAAGAUGAAGAGUUCGAACAAGAGGAGGAUGUAGAGUCAUCUGAGAUUCGGACCCCAGUUCACGAAUCGACGAGGCGCGGCGGCUCCAUCGUGGAUGAAAUCUUCACGGCGGCUGGGCGCAGUGGAAACGGCGGCGUUGGGGCGCUGCCAGCCGGCACAUCGCGUGACCCGGAGGAGGAGACCGAGGCCGGGACGGUGGAGGCAGCCGAACCUGGCGCUGGUGUCACAGACGUCACCGAAACACUCGAUGGGGAGGCAACGGCGUCAGAAGUGCCUUCGGAAAGCUGGAGACCCCGACCCAAUGCCUACGGAGAGGUUGGAACGAAGGAGCCGCACCGCAUGGAGCAGCCACGCGGAGGUCAACCCGAGGUCGGCGCUCACCCCCACCGACAAGGUCCCGGAGGAGAGCCGCCCGUUUCCGGUGGCUCCCCGGAGGGAACCCAACGCUCUAGAGGGCCGGAUGAGAAGACGGGGCAUGUAGAGUCCGCAGGGACGAGGCCCCCACCGCCACACCGCUCAGAAGGGGCCCAGCAAGGUCGCCGCCGAGGCCCCGGGGGAACCGGCGUUGCUCCCGAUUCGCGCGGCGGAGAAACCUCAGGCGGAGGCACUGACCAUGGAGCCGAUGUUCCGGGAAGACCUCCUCAUCCUCCUCAUCCUCAUCAUCCUCUUCCUGCCGGCAGGGUUGCCGUCCCGGAACGGCAGCGGCCACGCUUGGGACAAGGGCCCCACGCGGGACGGCGCCGCAUCUCGGCACGACCGACGCCGCCUGGCGUGGGCGAGGGGGGCGGCCGCACAGAAACUCCCGCUUCUGUCGCCGGGGCCGGGCGGCCCUCGUUCCACGACGGAACCGUCAGCGGUGCCACCAAGUGGCAUCCUCCACGCUCGCACGAGCCGACAGCCAGCGGCGGCAGCCCGGAAGCAUCCGCCGGAGUGCCUGAGUUGCGCAAGCCCUCGCCGGUGCCUGGCACGCUUCCCAACGGCGCUUCGAGCGGCCGCGCCGCGGAAUCCGAGCAGAACCGCCUUGGGCCGUGGCCGUGGCCUCCUCGCGCCCAACCAGGCCCGGCGAGCAGCAACCCGCAGAGGCCCGCGCAGGUGCCGGCGAGCCCUUCCAUGGGCCGUGACGGGGCCACCCCGCUCAACCGGUCGAGGGCCGGCGGGCGACGCCCGUGGGAUGGACCGGGACCGAACGGGCAGUUGCGGCCCGCAGAAGGACUGGUGCCGCGGCGCGUGCCGGGUCGGUUGGGGCCGGAGGAGCGAGUUCACGGGGUCGGGAGUCACGGCAGUGGCGGCGGGGUCGGGCCCGCGAUGCACGUUGCCCGGGCAGGCGACAGCCGCGACUCGCACGCGGAGGGGGUGACGUCGGCCGCAGAGGGCGUCCCGGGCUUUGGCGGCGGGCUGCACGCUGCAUCGCCCGAUCGUGUGGGCGGAAGCCAAGUGGGGCAGGCGACUCGGCGCGGAGAAAAUCGGGAAGACCCGGCGCUGGAAACCUUGGAGCAGGUGGCUCCUCCUGCCCUGGUGCCACCUUUGCGGAGGCAACCGGUGGAUCAUCCGCACUCCGCGGGGACGACGGCAACGUUGGCGGACCCCGGGCGCCCAAGCGAACGCGUUGGGCAGCCGCCAGCAGGGCCCGUCCUUCCAGAGAGGCCCGUGAGCCCAUCGUCUGGGAUGGCCCCGGGGAGGUGGCCGGCGGUCGACCCAAGGCCUCGGCCGCCCCGGCCCGGCAUGGGGCGAGGCCCGGACGUGGCCUCCUCGGGACAAUCCGGGACCGUCCCCCGUUCCGGACUCGCGAUCGCCGUGCCAUUGGAAACGACGCGAGGUGGCGGUGGUGGGGGGCAACGCGGGGAAGCCGGUGAACCGGCACCGGGCUGGCCCUCUCCGCCGGGGCCAGGAGCCGAAGUUCCACCGCCGGGGCGCGGCGACGGCACGCCCGAUGACCGUGCCGGGCGCACCGACAACUCCAUCGCCUCCACUUGGGGAAGGCCGCACGGCAUCCCCGCCGCCACCACGCAGAGGCCGCCCGGAAGGGAGCUGAACCGGCCGCAGGCACCGGGCGCGGUGGGCACCGGAGUCCUUUGGGGGCGGCAACCAAUGCCACACGGCGCGGCCACGGAGAAGCCGCGGGUGGCGAAGACCACGACGCAGAGGCCGACGACGCUCAAGCCCGUCCACAACUACCGCUGGGACCAUGCGCUGAGCCGCUACGUGCCUGUCUACCUCACGCCGAAACCGCCGCCACCGGCGCUGCGGCCGUGGCCCUUCUACGCGACGGUUCGGCCUCCGGCGGCGGGAGCCGGCGGCGUCGGCGGCCGCGCCACGAACCGCCCAGAAAUCACGGCUUUCACCGCCAAGCCGAGUGGUACCACGACAACGGCGGCGGCGGCGGCGCCGACGGAGAGCCCGCACGGACGCUCCAAGGUCACCGUCAACUCCAUCGUCAUCCCCGGCUGGCCGUCGGGGGUCAAGCACCGAGGCUCCAUCGUCAUCCACCGCACGCCCGGCCGCUUCGGCUCCCGGAGUGGUCAGUUGCACGUGAGCAGCAGCAGCAGCAGUAGCGGCGGCGGCGGCGCUGGCGGCUACAACUACAACACGAACAACGGCGUCAGGCCCGGAGUCUCGAUAAUCGUCCACAGCGCCGUGGUAGGCCACAGGCCCACGCAGGCGCCGGCACAAGCUGCUGCCGGCGGUGGUGGCGGUGGUGUCGCGACGGGAGCCAGGACAACGGCGAGGUCACCCUUCGCCGGGAGGAGGGUGCCCGAGUGGCGGCCAUUUGGGCGGCCGUACCGGGGUCCGACCGGAGCCAGCACGACUGUCGCGGCCGCCACUACCGCCACCACCGCCGCCACGUUGCCACCACCGCCCCAGCGCCACUAUCCGAUGUUCGACAACAAGCUCCAGCAGCCGCCACGGGAGCGAGGAGGGGACCGCCAGGGCCCGUCCGGCGUCGUUCCUCCCGACGUCGUUCCACCCGCGGCGAAUGCGGUGCCGCAAGCCAGCGCUCCGCAGAAACCGCGAAUCAUCACCGGCGGCGGCGCGGGCGGCACCGUCACCGUCACCGUCGCGGCCGAUGCAGACCUCUACGUGGACUGCCAAGUGGAGGGCAACCCCCCACCUACUGUCACCUGGAUGAAGGUGUCCACAGGCGCCGUCAUCAAGGCCAACUCCCGGCAUGGCUCGCGCUUCGAGGUGUUCGGCAACGGCACGCUGGCGAUCCGCGGCGCCGUGCUGCAGGACCGCGGCCAGUAUGUGUGCACGGCGGCGAGCGCCCUGGGGGCCGCCCGGCUGGCGGUGGCCGUCGCCGUCAGCGCUCAGCCGCCGCGCAUCCUCGUCGCCGCUCGCCACCGCGACGUCACCGCGCCGCUCGGCUCCAUCGCCGAGUUGGCAUGCCCCGCCGAGGGGCGGCCGGCGCCCCAGCGGGCCUGGGUGCUGCCCGACCGGACGGUGUUGCGCGGCGCGGCGGCGGGGUCAGCGGCCGUGCCGGCGACCGGAGCUGGUGGGCGCGCCAGCCUGGACGCCAACGGCACGCUUCGCAUCACCGACAUCGCCUUCGCCGACCGGGGCCCCUACAAGUGCGUCGCGAGCAACUCGGCCGGCGCUGACACGGCCACGGUGCGCCUCCACGUCCUCGGCCUGCCCCCCAGCAUGCUGCAGGGCCGCCGCUCUGACGUGACGGCUCGUGCCGGCGCAGCCCUGGCCCUGCACUGCGCGGCGCGCGGUACCCCGGCGCCGUCGCUGCGCUGGGUGCUAGCGGGCGGCGCCCAGAUCCGCCCGUCGCAGUACCUGGAUGGGCGCCUCUUCGUCUACCCCAACGGCACGCUGCUGGUGAAGAGCGUCGUGCCGGCCGAUGCCGGCGCCUUCGAGUGCCUCGCCACCAACUCGCUGGGCGCCGACCGCAGCGUCUUCGUCGUCACCGUCGAGCAGGAGUACCGGCGGCCGUUACCGGAUGAUGUUCCGGCGCCGCCGCCGUCGCGGCAGCAGCAGCAGCCGCCGCUACCGGCGAUCGGCCGGCAGGCCGCGGAGGAAGGCCGGGCGGCCAGGCCCGGCGCGGCCAGGAUCGUGGCAUCGACGCCGCGGCGCAUGCAGGUCAGCUACGGCGCCACGCUGCAGCUGGCGUGCAACGCGAGCGGGACGCCCGCGCCCCGCAUCCUCUGGAGGCUCCCGUCGAAGAAGUUUGUGGACAUCUACUCGCGCUCAGACGAGCGCACGCGCGUGCUCACCGACGGCUCGCUGGUGGUGGCGGGCGCCAGCGAGGCGGACGCAGGCGACUACCUGUGCCUGGCGCGCAACUCCCUGGGCGACGACGCCGCCGCCACCAAGGUGGAGGUGCUGCUGCGGCCGGCGCGCAUCGACGGCAAGGGGCCCAGCGGGGACCGGCGGGUGCGCUACGGCGGCGACUUCCAGUUCGACUGCGUCGCGUCGGGCGUGCCCAACCCCGAGAUCUCGUGGAAGAUGCCGGACGGCACCCUGGUGAACGGCGUCGCCGCCGGCGGAGGAGGAGGAGCAGGAGGCGGGGGCGGCGGGGAGCGCAGCAAGCGCUUCGUGCUGUUCGACAACGGGACGCUGUUCUUCGACAAGAUGGGCGUGCGUGACCAGGGUGACUACACCUGCUACGCGGAGAACAAGGUCGGGCGCGACGAGAUGGUCGUGCGGGUGCUGGUGGAGACGCGGGCCGCACGCAUCGAGCACAAGGAGAGGAACGCGCUGGUGCAGGCCUCGUCAGGCUCGACAGCCCUCCUCGAGUGCCUGGUGUCCGGCGAGCCGGCGCCACGCCUCGCCUGGUCGACUCCCAACGGCGAAGUCCUCCUUGCCCCCUCCUCGUCCACCUCCUCCUCCUCGUCCUCGUCCCCGCGCCUCCACGUGCUCACCGACGGCUCGCUGGAGAUCCGGGCGGCGCGCCGUCGCGACGCGGGCGACUACACCUGCUCGGUGCGCAACGCCGCCGGCUCGGACGCUCGCACGGUGCGCCUGGCGGUUCGCGACCUGCCGCCGGCCAUCAACGGCCUGGCGGGCGAGGCGCUGGCGGAGCCGCGGCGCGAGGCCGUGCUGGCGCACGCGCGCAAGCUCCUCGACUGCCGGGCCGAGCUACGGCCGCCCCCAGACGGCCGCGAAGACGGCGACGCGCGGCCGCCUCCUCGCGUCGCCUGGGCGGCGCCCGGCGGCGUCGUUCUGCAGGCGCCGUACCACGGCGGCCGGCUGGCGGUGCACGCCAACGGCACGCUGGAGAUCCGCAACGCCCGGCCCUCCGACUCGGCCGACUUCGUGUGUGUGGCCCGCUCCGGCGACGCCGAGAGCCGCCUGACCGUCCGGCUGGAGGUCGUCGAAGCCCUCGAGGCGCCGUCGUUCCCCUCGGUUGGCGGCGGCGGCGGCGACGACGAGACGGUCGCGGUGGAGCCGGGCCGGCGCUCGGCGCUGCUCAACUGCUCCGCCGAGGGCUCGCCGCGGCCCCGGGUGGCGUGGACGCUGCCGGGGGGCGCUCGCCUCGCGCCGGGACGGAACGCCGGGCGCUUCUCGGCGGGGGAGGAUGGCACUCUGCGGCUCUCCGAGCCCGGCGCGGGCGACGCGGGCCGCUACCGGUGCGCGGCCACCAACGCGGCUGGCGCCGCCGAGCGCUCCCUGCGCCUCGAAUUUGGCACGCGACCCCGGAUCUCGCCGUCGGCGUCCCGCCCCGGCGGGCUGGUGCGCGUCGUCGGCGGUGAGUCGACGACGCUCGACUGCGCCGCCUCCGGCGACCCUCCGCCGGUGGUCUCCUGGACGCUGCCCGGCGGCGCGGUGCUGGAGGGGGCGGCCGCCGCCGCCGUCCGGCACGCUGGCCGCUUCUCGCUGCUCCCCAACGGCUCGCUCGUGGUGAGCGGCGCCACGGUGCACGACCGCGGCAACUACGUGUGCCGGGCCCGCAGCCGCCUCGGCGAGGACUCGCAGCUGGUGCCGGUCGUCGUCAUCGCCUACCCGCCAAGAAUCACCGCGGGGCCACCGCGGACGUACCACGCCCGGCCCGGCACGUCCCUGCAGCUGUCGUGCCUCGCCAUCGGAAUCCCGCGGCCCGACAUCACGUGGGAGUUGCCGGACCGCACGCGUCUUUCCGCGGUGGCGGCGCCGGCGGGCGGCGGCGGUGGCGCCGCUGGAGCGUCCGCGGCGAGACGGGCGGCAGGGGGGAAGUUCCUGGUGCUGCCGCAGGGCGCCCUGGUGAUCCCGAGCGCCGGGCCGCGCGACAGCGGCGUCUACCGCUGCACGGCGCGCAACCUGCUGGGGAGCGACGUCAAGGCGACGUACCUCUACGUGCUGUGAGCCGCCCAUGCCGGCGGCGGCGGCGGACGUGGUGAUGGUGGUGGUGGUGGUGAUGGUGGUGAUGGUGGUGGCUGAGUAGGGGGGGCACAGCUGGUGCAUCUGCCGGUCGUCUCGGUCGGUCAACACAACGGGCACCUUCAGGGUCUGUGCCCGUGACCGCCUCCUGUCCUGGCGGUCGGCAGCGACAGCCUUCGGACACUUCACGCGGCGGCCUCGAAGCGCAUGCACCUAGCCUGGCACAGGCGCCACUGUGACGUCACCGCCAACUGAGCGACGAGUGGUGGGUAUUGGUUUUGUUGGUGGUGGCGGCGGCGGUGGCGGUGGUGUUCGGUGAUUCACUUUUGCCGAGUCUGUCUGGGUCGGACGAUGUUUCUGCGACCGGCCCACCACGGUCCGGUAUAACGUCUCGCCACGCACAUGGGGUCUAGGGUUUUCGCCCUGCCUACCAGCAACUCAGAAGACGCUGUCGGGCGCGAGACUGAAACCUGGUGGUGGAUUCCGAGGUGGCGACAUUGCGAUGAACUUCCCGCGUGCCCGUAGAGGAGUGGGGCUGCGAUGACGUUGGCGAUGUCGGUGAUGGUGGAGCAAUCGGUGUGUGAUGAUGAUGAUGAUGAUUUUACAUUGAACACCUUAGCUACCAUGGCAGAUGAUUGAUGGGAAUAUAUGUUGUCCACGUUGCCAUGAUCAUAAAACAACGACGACGAUUAUGAUGACGAUGAUGAUCGCAUUGAGAGUAGCGAUGAAGACAAUGAUGAUGAUUGAACACUGCACAGAAUUCUGGAUGGUGAUGAUGAUGAUGACGAUCACGUGAUGAUCAGUGUAGACAUUGAUUGAAUCAGUGACGAUGAUGAUGAUCAUGGUGGUGAUUAUGGAAACACUACACAGAAAUUUGGAUGAUGAUGGCGACGAUGAUGGCGAUCACGUGAUGGUCAGUGAAGACAUUGAUGGAAUCAGUGAUGAUGAUGACGGUGGUGGUGGUAAUUAUGGGAACACUACACAGAAAUUUGGAUGAUGAUGACGAUGGCCAUCACGUGAUGGUAAGUGAAGACAUUGAUUGAAUCAGUGACGAUGAUGAUGAGGGUGGUGGUGAUUAUGGGAACACUACGCAGAAAUUUGAAUGAUGAUGACGAUGGCGAUCACGUGAUGGUCAGUGAAGACAUUGAUUGAAUCAGUGAUGAUGAUGAUGGUGGUGGUGGUGAUUAUGGGAACACGACACAGAAAUUUGGAUGAUGUUGACGACCAUGAUGGCGAUCACGUGAUGGUCAGUGAAGACAUUGAUUGAAUCAGUGAUGAUGAUGACGGUGGUGGUGAUUAUGGGAACACUACACAGACAUUUGGAUGAUGAUGACGAUGAUGGCGAUCACGUGAUGGUCAGUGGAUACAUUGAUGGAAUCAGUGAUGAUGAUGGUGAUUAUGGGAACACUACACAGAAAUUUGGAUGAUGAUGAGGGCGAGCAGGUGAUGUUGGUCUGUACACGCAUUGAUGGGAACCAGUGGUGACGAUGCUGCCCAUGACAACACGAUUAAACAUGAUCGCCAUGAAGAGCACACACUGUGGACCGAAGCCGUGGCUCUGAAAUGCUGACGAUUCGCUUGACGAAUGAACAACAACAACAACGACAACAACAACAACAACGCCACGGACAUCCUCGACACGAGCAAAGAGUUGACGAUUGAAAAUCAAUAACACGCUCAUCACGAACAAUUACUUAAUUAGGGGCCGUCCAUAAAUGACGUCACGCACCUA